AUGUCUCUCCAAAGCAUGCCGCAUCCACCAGAAGGCAGCGGCUACGAGCCUCGUUGCCACACCACUCGAGUCCACCAAUCAUUAGCCUCUGAAACAGAGCCUCAUGAAACAUCCCCUUCCUCAAACAGUGGCAGCGGAAGUGGUGACAGUGACGGUGCCAACUCGUGCUCCAGCACCGGAGCCAGUUGCUCCACUCCCAGAGUCUGUAGACGAAUGACAACCUCGCGGACUCCAGAGGCAAGCUAUGCCGAGGUUCGCGAGUGUAUGGGCGAAGUCUGCGAUGUCAGUAGCACCAGUUCCACGAGCACAACCAGCAGUCUCGGCAACGCCGCAGGGACGCGGUCAGAAGGCAUCGCCGUGAGUAGAACGAAAGGCAGUUCUGGCGACGGAGAUGUCUGCCGGCCGGAUAGUCACUUCAGUGCCGGUGACUUUGAGGCUCCUCGAUCCACUACACAGAGGUCGGUCAGCUCUGAAGACAAUGUCGAGUGGUCGGCUCUGAUGCCCAAAGUUCGAGCCCCUGAGGUUACUCAACAGCUGAACAGCGAUCCUCUCUCCGCUUGGACGGAUUUGCAUCGCGACGACCCAAGCAGACACCAUCGGGUACUUGAUCUUGUACUGGGCUCUGGGACUCCAAAUCAGGAUCCCCAUACCCUCUCCCACAUUCAUGCUCGCCUGUGCGUGUCCAGCUCGUGCAAAAGCGUUUUGAAGCCCUGCCCUACAAACCGGGCUUCUCAGGAAGAGAGUUGUAAACUUCUUCCGUCUCGCUUAAUCGGAUAG